UAUGCAUGGAUAGAAAAGUGUUAUGUGAUGAACAAGUACGAAGUUUUAGGAGUCGUAGGUGAAGGAGCCUAUGGUGUGGUGCUAAAAUGUAAAAACAAGGAGUCUGGAGAGAUGGUGGCCAUCAAGAAGUUCAAGGACAGUGAGGAAAAUGAUGAUGUUAAAAGAACCACCUUGAGGGAGCUGAAGGUCCUCCGCAUGCUGAAACAGGAGAAUAUUGUUGAGCUGCGAGAGGCGUUUAGAAGGAGAGGAAAGCUUUAUCUAGUCUUCGAAUAUGUGGAAAGGAACAUGCUGGAGGUCCUGGAAGAGAUGCCAAAUGGAGUCCCCAUAGAGAAGGCACGCCACUAUGUCUACCAGCUAUGUAAGGCUAUCCACUGGUGCCACACUAAUGACAUCAUACACAGGGAUAUCAAACCAGAAAACCUCUUAAUUGGAAAAGAUGAUAGGCUGAAAUUGUGUGAUUUUGGUUUUGCGCGUAACAUGAAUGGUCAUGGCACAGCUAACUAUACAGAUUACGUGGCCACCAGGUGGUACAGGUCUCCAGAGCUGCUGCUAGGUGCUCCGUAUGGUAAAGCAGUAGAUAUCUGGGCCAUAGGCUGUAUCCUGGGGGAGCUGAGUGACGGGCAGCCCCUGUUCCCUGGGGAGAGCGAGAUAGACCAGCUCUAUAUGAUCCAGAAAGUGAUGGGACCUCUACCUGAUGACCAGAUGCACAUGUUUUAUAAUAAUCCCAGGUUUAAUGGGCUUAAGUUUCCCUCCGUGACCCACCCCCAGACCCUGGAGAGGAGGUAUCAGGGCAUUCUGAGUGGAGUUCUCAUUGACUUUAUGAAGGUCCUCUAG